AUGGCAUCACCGCUCGCGCGCAUCGCGCCUCGCGUCGCCGCGCUCGGCUCGGCCGCGCGUCGUCGCGACGCGAGGGAACGCCGCGGCGCGGUCGCGGGCGCGCGCGCGAGGGCGCUUCCCGCCGCGUAUUGGAUAACACGGUCGCCCGCUCUCCGAAGAAGACGCGCGACGGGAGGCGCGGUCGCGCACGCGGGGCGCGACCACGUCGCCGCGGCGUCGGCGACGCCGCCGCCGUCGAGCGUCGCGAGGCGUCAUCGCGUCGACGAGGAGGCGGACGCGCUCGCCGCCGCGACCGACGGCGACGACGACGGCGCCGGCGCCGGCGUCGGCGGCGUGAUGUCGAUGUCGAUACUCGCCGCGGUCGCGUACAACGCGCUCACGGGCCUCACCGCGAUGGCGUACGAGGGGUACGACGGCAUCGGCGUCCCGGACGACGAGGCGACGCCGCUGCAGAACGCGUUCGGGUUCGCGUUCACGAUCUUCUGCGCGUGGUACUUCGUGAGGGUCGUGAAGAAGCGAGGGAACAGGGCGAAGGAAUUCCGCGUCGCGAACGCGUUGCCGGUGCGCGUCCGCGCCGGUCGUCCGUCCAAAGAAGAGCGCGAGCGGAGAGACGCGGAGCAGCUCGCCAAGUCGAAAAAACUCAGCGCGAAGGACGCGUUCGUCGGCGGCGUCACCGGACUCGCCAUCUCGUUCGCGCUCUAUCAGUUCGCGGUCGUCAUCGGCGAGUCGUUCGAAGGCCGAUUGAUGCCGGAGUCCUAUCAAGCGCGGCAGAUCACGAUCACGGUGCGGACGAUCGUGAACGGGCUGGCGUACCUGGCGACCUUCGUCUACGCGGCGAACGGCACCGGGCUGGUGCUGCUCGCGGCGAGGAAGGCGUUGGAUUCGCUCACGGGCGCGGAUCUGAUCGACGCGCAGGCGGCGGAGUGGGCGGAGCGGGUGGAGCGCGGGGGGGGCGAGGGGGAGGGUGAGCGCGAGGGGAAGGAGGAGGAGCGACCGUAG